AUGAACGGGGCAAGUACACCAGUAGAGGGACUGAGCCACGUCGUCACGCUCAGGAUACCCUUCCUCAACGGAGAGCAUGCGGCGAUCGCCAAGCGCGCACUCGACGUCGACCGCGAGGUGAAUAUGGAGCUUGUGGAGCGGGAGACGGCUGUCGAGGGUAGUGUGCUCGUCGUCACAAUCCGCGCUGCGACGAUCCGCAUCAUUCGCCUCGCCACCAACGCCUUCCUCUCCUCUGCCGACCUCGUACUCCGCACCAUGGCCGAGUUUGCGCCCGACCCCGAUGCGCCCGAGGAGACGGACGCCGAGCUCGACGCUGCGGCGGCGGAGGCGAGGCGUUCCGGUGGAGGUAUGAAGGGAAUCGAGCUCAAGGGAGGCGUUGGGGCCGGCGGCGGUGAGGAAGUCAAGUAG